AUGGACCUGGGAAAUGUGAGAUUGAAGCCAGUCCGGACACCUUUGGUCGGAUUUGGGGGCAGUGAGGUCGUUCCUGAAGGUAUGAUAGAGCUGCCAGUUUCCUUGGGGGAAGAACCUAGAAGAAAGACCUGCAUGGUUCAAUUUUUGGUGGUUGAUAGUCCGUUCGCAUAUAAUGUGGUGCUAGGACGACCCGGAUUAAACAAGUUCAAAGCAGUGGUGUCUACGUACCACCUAAAGAUGAAGUUCCCCACGAUGCAGGGAGUAAGGGAAGUGACAUGCGACCAACAAACGGCGAGGCAGUGUUAUAAUCUGGCUGUUAAGCAGGGAGAAAUAAUGAAAAAAGAAAAGAGAAAAGAGGAGAUGAGCCAAAGUGAAGAGGCAAAACGAGGAAAAAUGAAAAGAAUCGAGCCAUUGGAAGAAUAUAAGGAGGUCGAGUUAAUUUCAGGAAAUUUCCAGAAAACGACCCAUAUCGGGUCGCAGAUGACGAAGGAGAUGGAAACAAUGAUGAUUGAUUUUUUGCAAAGCAAUAAUGACCUCUUUGCGUGGAGCCCCUCUGAUUUUCAAGGUAUAAACCCCGAGGUAAUUGUACACCGACUUAAUAUUGAUUUGCAGGUCAAACCGGUGAAACAAAAAAAGAGAGUGUUCGGGGUCGAAAGGAACAGGAUCAUCAAAGAAGAAGUCAAUAAGCUGCUGCAAGCUGGGUUUGUUAGAGAAAUCCAAUACACGACCUGGUUAUCAAAUGUGGUUAUCGUUCCAAAAGCAGCUGGGAAAUGGAGAAUGUGUACGGACUACACUGAUCUUAACAAAACAUGCCUAAAAGACCCAUACCCGCUUUCGAGGAUCGAUUUGCUGGUGGACUCAACGACGGGGUGUGCACUGUUUAGCAUGAUGGACGCUUAUCAGGGCUACUAUCAAAUUUUUAUGGCUAAGGAAGAUGCAGAGAAAACUGCGUCUGUGACCGAGAAAGGGGUCUAUUGCUACUAUGUAAUGUCAUUCGGAUUGAAGAACGCAGGUGCGACCUACCAGAGAUUGGUCAAUCGAAUGUUUAAAGAUCACAUCGGAAGUACGAUGGAAGUGUAUGUUGAUGAUAUGCUGGUAAAAAACAAGCAGGAAGGGGAUCACUUGACAAAUUUACGAAGAACUUUUGACAUUAUGCGAUCUUAUGGCAUGAAGUUGAAUCCGUCUAAGUGCACCUUUGGGGUGCGAGUGGGCAAGUUUUUGGGUUACAUGGUUAGCGAACGAGGCAUAGAAGCAAAUCCUGAAAAAAUAAAAGCGAUCAUGCAGUUGGGAUCGCCAAAAUCGAUAAAGGAGGUUUUGCGAAAAGCGAAUAAUUUUGAAUGGAAUGAGGAAUGCGAACAGGCUCUUCAGGAGCUAAAAUUGAUGAUCAAAUGGGCGGUGGAGUUAGGAGAAUUUGACAUCGAAUUUCAGACAAGAAAUGCAAUAAAAGCGCAAGUAUUUGCUGAUUUCUUGGUCGAGUUCGCUGGUGAACAACCAGAAAAAGAGGAGAGAUGGUUGUUGCAUGUGGAUAGGUCCUCGACCUCAAAGAAUGGAGGAGCCGGUAUUUACUUGCAGGGACCAGAUGGUACUGAGAUCGAGAUUGCUGUUAUGUCAAAAUCGGAUACAUCUGGCAGGAUGAUCAAAUGGGCGGUGGAGCUAGGAGAAUUUGACAUCGAAUUUCAGACGAGGAAUGCAAUCAAAGCGCAAGUGUUUGCCGAUGUCUUAGUCAAGUUCGCUGGGGAACAACCAGAAAAAGAGGAGAGAUGGCUGUUGCAUGUGGAUGGGUCCUCGACCUCAAAGAAUGGAGGAGCCGGAUUGCAGACAGCAUUGGAUGGAGGUAUAAGGCAUGUAGAUGUAUAUACGGACUCACAACUUGUCGGGAUGCAGGUACAAGGCACCUAUGAAACGCGCGAAUGGUCCAUGACACAAUACCUGGUGAGGGUGAAAGAUAUGAUGAAAAAGUUUGACAGAUGCACGAUCAGCCAAAUUCCAAAGGACGAAAACAUGCGAGCAGAAGCCUUGUCGAGGUUCGGGUCGUUUGUUGAAGGAAUUAAGGAAAGGAAGAUCACUAUAUUGGUGAAGUCUCAACCAGUAAUAGAUGAUGCAGAGAUCCACGUGGUCGAGACGGCGGAUUCUUGGAAAAUGUCUUUUGUCCAGUAUUUGAAGUAUGGGGAAUUACCUAGCGACGCAAUCGCUACCAAGAGGUUGCAGUUUAAAGCUAAUCGCUUUACUUUGGUCGGAGAUGACUUAUACAAGAGAACUCCAAAAGGUAUUUUACUGAAGUGUUUAGAUGCGGAGAGGUCACAGUUUGGGAUUCCGCGGGUUCUAGUAUCGGAUAAUGGAACUCAGUUCCAAGGUAGGAAGAUCAUGGCGUGGUGUAAGGAACAAAAAAUCCAGCAGAACUUUACGGCGGUCGGAAAUCCACAAGCGAACGGGUAG